AUGACAACGGCAACGACAACGGUGAAGACUGAAGAUGCGACAAAGGCAUUCAGUACCGAGCGCAAGCCCUACCAAUGCACAUACUGCGGCAAGGUGGGGCACACGGCAGAGCGUUGCUGGACGAAGCAAAAGGAUGAAAGUCGAGGAGCCCAACGCGGCGGCAAUGGUCGUGGACGCGGGGCAAACAAUGUCCAGUGGCGACAUUAUGAUGAAGGCAACAGCUACGAUCGAGUGGCGUUUGCAGUUUCGUUCGAAUGCGGAGUUUCGACGAACAAGAAUGGACCAGGAAUGUGGGCCAUUGACAGCGGGGCAACACAUCACAUCUGCCACGACAAGUUCAAGUUUGCAAGCUUGGUCGAAGGCAAUGAUGGCGAGAUCCUGGUGGCUGAUGGCAACAAGGCGGCCAUCAAAGGUGUGGGGACCAUCGUGGAAAAGGUGAUUCUGCCAAACGGGGAAGAGCGCGAGAUCGAGAUCAAGAACGCGCUCUAUGUGCCCAGCAUGAGCAAAAAUCUGCUCUCGGUGCCGCAGAUUAACAAGCACGGCAACUUCCAAGUGGUGUUUGACGGGGAUACGAUGUACGUCGCUCGCAAGGAUUCCAAUCAUGUGGUGGCAGCUGCGGAUCUUGUAGACGGACUCUACUGGCUUCGCACGACGCAGCGAUCGGCCAAUGCGACAUCACUCAGCAACGCUGUUGAUCUACAUGCGCGAAUGGGCCAUGCUCCAGUCGACGUACUUCGCAGGAUGGUGACAAGCCACAUGAUCAAGGACGCUCACAUCCCUUCCAAGCCGAAUGGAUCAAGUGUGUGUCGAGGAUGCCAAGAAGGGAAGAUGGUCCAAAAACCAUUCCCGAGCAACCGUGACAAGCGCACCUACAACACCUUCGAGAUGCUCCACUUCGACAUCUGCGGACCCAUGGAAGAAAAAUCUCUGGGUGGCAGCAAGUAUCUGCUGCUGAUCGUGGAUGAAGCCAGCGGAUGCAUGAAGGGUUUUUGUCUGCAUUCCAAGUCAGAGAGCGAAGAGUGCAUCAAGAAGUACAUCACGAUGAUACAGACGCAGUUCAACAAGAAAGUCAAAUUUGUGCGACACGAUGGAGCCCGCGAGUUUGCGACGAACUCGCUUCAAGAUUUCUACGAAGUCGAAGGCAUCGAGCAACAAACCACGGUGCCAUACGCACAUCAAGCCAAUGGAACUGCUGAACGCGCGAUUCGAACUAUCGUCACCAUCGGUCGUAGCAUGCUCCAUCAUGCCAAGUUGGACAAGUGCUUCUGGGCUGAAGCGGCAAUGACGGCCGUCUAUGUGAAGAACCGUUUGCCGUCACCCAAGAUUCCACACAAGACACCGUUCGAGAUUGUCUACAAUUCUAAGCCAAGUGUCAAGCACAUGCGCGUUUUUGGGUGCCAAGCAUACAUCUUGACCCCGAAGGAGAAACGACUCAAGUGGGAUUCCAAGGCCCGGGCUGGAUUGUUUUUGGGCUACGAAGAAGUGUCCAAGGCGUAUCGAGUUUAUGACAUCGAAGCGGGGCAGGUGAUGAUAAGUCGCGAUGUCAACUUCGAUGAGUCGGCCUUUGGAAUGUCGAUGCUGAUUUCCGAUGACGAUGUUGAUGGCCUGGACUUCGAAUCGAUCGAUCUUGAUGAUGAAGAACCGCGUCCGAGACACUUCAAACAAACAGGAAAGCGCAAGGCCCAACCCAGUCACGACAAUGACGACGCAAGCAUGCCCCGAGCAGUGCGCCAACGACCCGGAUUGGAAGAGUCAAGUGCGCCGGAUGUAUUGAGGGUUACCGGUACAAUCCGAACCUAG